AUGCCAGUAAGACCUGAACUUCAGUUGGAAAAAGGCAUAGAUGAUGCUUUAAGAAAAAAUGACUUCAAACUUUUAGAACAGUUUCUACAGAAGGAAAAGUAUGACGAUAUCACACUUAAAUGUAGCAAACAGUUUUUCAGCAAGUUGGACAACCUUAUGUGCAAGGAACUUAACAAGAAAGAUAUCCAGAAUACUUCAACUAUUUUAAAUUCUCUUGGAAAAUAUGGCAAAAAUAUCAGCAUAUUUGGGGAAGCUGGACUUCUAGUAAUGACAAAACAAGGGCUAGUCAAAAAGAUGGUGGCCUGGUUUGAAAAAAUCAAAGAAAUUAUUUUAAGUCACAAGAAUGAGAAAGAUGAAGCCAUGACGAAUCUGAUAGAAGAUUUCUUUGAUGUCCUAAUGACUGUUCAUGAUAUCAAUAAUGAAGGUAAAAUGGAAGUAAUGGAAGAUUUUAUUUUGAGGAUCUGUGCCCUUGUAAUCGACGUGAGAAUACAUAUCUGUAUUCAGCAGGAGGCCAUAAAAAAGUUAAAUGCUAUGCUUGACAACAUGCCUCGAGAUGCCAGAAAAAUAGUUACUAAACCAGAAAUGUUGUCUCUCAUGAUUGAUAUGGGGAAACGGAUUUUAGAUGCUGGGGAUUAUGACUUUCAAGUAGGUAUCACAGAAGCUUUAUGUAGAAUGACCUCUGAAAAACAAAGACGUGAACUGGCACGUCAGUGGUUUUCAAUGGAAUUUGUUGCUAGUGCAUUUAAAGGGAUUAAAGACUCUGAUUUUGAAACAGACUGCAGGAGAUUUCUCAACCAUGUGAAUGGCAUGCUUGGAGAUAAGAGAAUGGUUUUUACAUUUCCUUGUUUAUCAGUAUUCCUCGAUAAGUGUGAGUUACAGAUACCAUCAGAUGAAAAACUUGAUGAAUUUUGGAUUGACUUUAAUCUUGGCAGCCAAAGUAUAUCCUUCUACAUUGCAGGGGAUGAUGAUGACCAUCAAUGGGAAACAGUCAGCAUACCAAAUGAUGAAGUAGAAGCAUUCAGUGUAGAAGUGAAAGGUGCUAUGAAGCUGUUAACAUUAAUUCUGAAAAAUACAAUGAAUGUUGGAAAUAAAGUAGGAGGCCAACUGCUCCUAUAUUUUGAUCCUUCACUAGAAAUCAUUAAUGUGACAAAAAAUAUUUAUGGUGCAAAUAAGCAUAGGGGAUUUACCAGAAAGCAAGCAAGUUCAGUUGCUAAAACAUCCGUGCAUAUAAUUUUUGAUGAAAGUGGAUCACAGAUUCUAGUACCAGAAAAUCAAAAUUUACCUGCCCCAAAAGAAAAUUUUCUUAGUGUGGAUGAAAAACCUAACAGGAAACAACAAUUUUCUCUGAGUCAAAAAGAUAUGAGUGAAAUUAUUAAUCAACAGGACAGUAGAAAUACUCGUUCUCAGAUGAUAAUGCCUGUCAAAAGGAAAAUGUCCGAAGCAUCAAUGGUUAUUCCUGGUACAGACAAAUUGACUAUGAAGACCUUACUCACCAAUACAUCAACACCUCGAAUAGGAAGAGUUAAACCACCUUUGAAAAUGGUGAACUCUGCUGAACCUCCCAGUGUUUACAAAGUAAAAGAAAAGGGAGCAAAGAAUGCUGUCUCUCUUCCUGGUUCAGUUGAAGGCAGGAAUCCACACAGCUACCAAAGUGAUUUCCCUAAAUCUCAGAUCACAGUUGCUAAAGUCUCAGAAGCAAUAGAAAAUGAUGAGAACAGGAAUGUAUUAGUUAAGCAAAAUACUAAUGGGGAUGUGGAUAUCAUUCCUGAUUCACAACCAGUUGGGAAGUUAAAAAAACCUUUAUUGCCUGGUGUUUUGGACAACCUUUGUGAAAAUGAUAUUCACCCCAGAUGGACCUGCUGGACACCUAUAACAAAUAUUAAAAUAUGUAGUAAAGAGAGUACAAGCACAUCACCAGAAGAAACAUUUAAUCAAGAUAUUCUUACUGAAAGGGUCUGUAAAAAAUCCUCUAUUUCAUCAAUAUCUGAUGAUAUUCCUCUAGAAAAAACUUUGGUACAAAAUCAGAAAAGAAAAGGAGACAUGGGAAACAACAAAAAGAAGAAAACAAAAGUGGAAAUUUAUGAGACAAGUAGAAGACAAUCACUAAAUAAUUCUGUCAGUAUAGAUGAGGAAAAUAUUGGAAAAAACAAGGAAAAUGACUGGCAUAUUGAAUCUGAAACCUUUAAAUCAGUUCUCUUGAAUAGAACUAUUGAAAAAUCUCUGAUAUACACCAAGAAAUUGGUUUUGGCAAAAGAUCUAAAUACUGAUUGUUGUGAUAAAACUAUUUCUUCUGGGAUGAAUGCCAAAAGUAAUAGAAGACCUGUGAAAGGAAAGACAUUGGAAAUUAGAUCUUGUGACUUAGAAACAAAUAGAAAGAAAGAAAAGACAAAAGAAGAACAAUUUACUGAUGCAGCAGAAUCAUUAAUUAACCAAAUUAAUAAAAGAUACAACCAAAAGGAUGAUUUAAAUUCUUCAAGAAAAUUUAGAGAAUCUUUGAAUGACAGGAAGGAUUACAAUAAACCUGGUCUUCUUAUCAACAAGGAAAAAGUCCAGAAUAAAAACUCUAGACAACUGAAGAGGACUACUUUUGUUAAUAUGACGUCUGAAAGUGCUUUGAAUGAUGUCUACAAUUUUAACUUGAAUGGAGCUGAUGACCCUACCAUAAGGCUUGGUACAGAGGAAUUUCACACUACCAUCCGAGAAACUUCAGUAACUAACUCAAAGAAGUCGUCAGGUUUAAGGAGUCAUGAUGGAAGUGAAGCUUCUCUCAAAGAUAAAGAUAAAAAAACUAAAGCAAAUAAAAAAAAGAAGCAUCUCUUUAGUGACACAGACACAGAUUAUAGAGGUGAUGACAGCAAGACUGAUAUUAGCUGGCUAAGAGAAUCAAAUGAAAAAGCCAAACCUCAUCUGGCAGAUUAUAGCAGAAAUAAAAAAGUGAAGAAACCUAAAAAUGUGAAAUCAAGUAAGAAUAUGAAAUCAGAUCCAUCAGUAGAAAUGAAACUACCAAAACCCAAGACGACUCAUAAUACAGAUUCCAUCAAGAAAGUAGAUGAAAGAAUCACAGAAGCUACAAGACCCCAACGUCCUCGAAGAGCAGGAUUAGUAAAAAAAAAUUAUAAAGAUUUCUCAAAUUCAGAAUCAGAAAUGGAACAAGAAUCUUCACCAGGUGCUCCCAGUAAAGAGAAAUCACUAGUUCAGUUUGCAAAUGUGCGAAACAAAAGUAAAACUGGGAAGCACCUGAAAAAAGGACAAAAUGAUAUUCCCAAUGAAGCACAAGAGGAAAUAUUAAAAGAAGGGAAAAGAUCAUCCAAAGCAAAAGAUUGUAUAAGAGAAAAAAGACUUGACUCAUCUCCAAUUCCCUUACCUGGAAGCCCAGCAUCUAUAGAAGUAAUGAGAUGUUCAGGGAAAACAAUUGAAAGAGAAUUUCCUCAAGAUUAUAUUCCAUCAAUAAAGUCCACAUCCACUUUUUCACAAAGUUCAACACCAGAAAGAAGAGAGUCUUUAAACAGUGUGCAUGGCAUCACAGGCAAUAGUUUCUAUACUACAAACAUGAAAAUUCAAAGCAAAUGUCUGAUAGAAUCACCUGAAAAUAUUGAUGAAAACAUGAUGUGUGCAAAAAAACAUUUCUCAAGUCCUUUAUUCUUGCCCAAAAUUACUCCUUUAAUAAUGGACAAAAUUGAUGAUACUGGAAAAGAUGCAGAGAUACCUUCACAAAAUAUACCAGAUUAUGAUAAUCCUGUGGAUUUAAGGAGUUGUAAUUCAGAAAAACAAUUAAGUGGAUCUGAACUGAAAAAAAUCCAUGAAAAUUCUAUUCAAAGUAUACGAAAGGAACCCCUUUCACCAUCACGGUUAUCCCUAACUAGCUCAAAGACAGAAAAACUGUAUGAUAUACCUCUUGAUGCUCUUCAUCGAAAAGGAUCUAGUAUACAUACAAAUCUUAAACGGUUAUGUACUUCUGAUAAUCUAAGUAAUUCUGAUGAAGUGGAAGUAGAUGAAGAAGAAGAAGAAAGAGAACAGACUCUACUUCCUCCAAAAUUGUUUAAAACAGAUAGUGACCGUGUUACCUACAAAGUAUCCGGGAGCAUAUCGACAUUGUCUGCCAAUGAAUUUUCUUUUCCUGGAGAGGCUUGGGAGACUGAAAGUUCAGGUGUAGGCAUAAUGUGCCAGAAACUAAGUAAGGAGUUUAAAAGAAAAAUUCAGAACCGCUACAAAAGAAUGGAUCAUUUUAAUAAACAGUCUUUGAAAUCAGCUCAGCAGCAUCUGACAAGCCUGAACUAUCACAUUCAUGAAUAUAGAAUGAAACAGCUUGAUAAAUUCCAGUUCAACAUCAUCGAGGAGCUAGAGAACUUUGAAAAAGAUUCCCAGUCUUUAAAAAACUUGGAGCGAGAAUUUUCGGACUUUUGGAAAAAAACUUCUCAGAAAUUCAGUGCAUACCAGAAAAGUGAACAGAGAAGAGUCCAUCUUCUGAAAACUUCACUUGAAAAAAAUGUCUUUCACAACAUUGACUAUGAAGAAAAUAUUUUUACUUCUGAGAUGUAUUUGAUGAAAGAAGAUAUGAAAAGGCUUCAAGAGAGAUUUCUUAAAGAAAUGCAAGAAGAGGAACUCCUUAAUGUUCGAAGAGGAUUGAUGUCACUCUUAACUUCUGAUGAGAGAAAAUUUUAAUGCAUAAAAUCUAGUAUUUUGCAACAUUUUAAAACACCUACCUUUCCUGUACAUGUUAAAAAAGUAACCAUACAAAUAUAAAUGUACCAACAUGUACAGAUGCCAUGCAGGUGAUGUACACUAUCCAUCCCUUUUCAUGCACCACAGAAUUUCUCAAAAAUAUUUCUGCCUAAUGAAUUAAUAAGAGAUAUACAACUGAAUGAUAACUAUUCUAAGCUACUUUUUGUUCUACUUCUCUUUUUAUUUUAUUUGCCAUAUUCUCACCAUUACUUGUAGGAGAAAGAAUAUUGGGCAAGUAAAAUAGG